AUGGCACCACCAAAUAAAUCAUCAAAUAGAAAUAAAAGUAAUAAUAAUAAUAAUAAAAAUAAAGUUAAAAGUAAAAAAAGUAAAAGAUCAAUAGAUGAAACACCAGAAGCAUUAGAUUUAGAUCAAGCAGCAAUUAGUAAAUCAAUUGUAUAUAAAAGAGGUGAUUGUAAUAAAGGUAUAAAGAAAUUAGUUAAAGAGUUUAGACAGGUAAUGGAGCCAUAUACAGCAACUAAACUCCAAGAGACAUCAGACAAUACCACCAAAGAUUUUGUAAACAUUGCAGCACAUUACGGUGUUUCACAUUUGGUUGGUUUCAGUUCAACCGAUAUCGGUAGUUAUAUGGCAAUGGCAAGAUUACCAAAAGGUCCAACUACAACCUUCAAAAUCCAAGAAUACUCUUUCCAAAGAGAUGUCGCAAAGGCUAAAAUUCGUCCAACUAGUUUUGAAAAAUCUUAUCUCAAUUCACCUUUAGUAGUUUUAAAUGGUUUCACUAGAGGUACACCACAUUUAGAAAUGGUUCAAAAUAUGGUUCAAAGUUUAUUCCCAUCAAUUAAUGUUUAUACUUUGAAAUUAUCAACAUGCAAAAGAGUUGUUUUAUUCAAUUAUAAUAAAGAAACUGAUAAUGUUGAAUUUAGACAUUAUGCUAUCAAAGUUUCAAAUGUUGGAGUUAAUCGUAGUAUUAAAAGAAUUAUUCAAUCAAAGAUACCAGAUAUUUCAAAUUUAGGAGAUAUUAGUGAUUAUGUUAUGAAUGGAUUGGGUGCAACAGAGAGUGAUUAUGAAGAUGCAAAUGAUGGUCAAGUUGAGUUGAGUUCAAAGAUGAUCAAUUCAAAAGCAAAGAAUAUAAAAUUGGAACGUAAGGGAUUGGAUAUUAAUACCACUCAAAAGAGAGCAAUCAAACUGGAAGAAAUCGGACCACGUAUGAAUCUUUCUUUGUUAAAGGUUGAAGAUGAUCUUUACAAGGGUGAAGUACUCUACCAUCAAUACAUUAAAAAGAGUGAUAUCGAGAAAGAAGAAGCUAAACUUCGUAGAGAUGAAGCUAAAAUCGAAAAAGAACGUAGAAGAAAAGAUCAAGAAGCAAAUGUCGAUAAGAAAAUAAAAGAAAAAGAAAGAAAAAGAAAAUAUUUAGAUCAAGGUAAUGAAGAUAAACAUUCUGAUGAUGAUGAUGAAGAAUGGUAUAGAAAAGAAGUUGGUGAAAAUCCUGAUGAAACAUUUAAAAAUAAUAGAAAAUCUAGAUCUACAGGUGGAGGACGUCCAAACAAAAAAUUCAAAUCAAAGAAAUAA